AUGUCUCUUUCGAGUAACUACCAUUCACAUAAGCCAAAUGUGCCCAUUAUAAUGGAAGAUGUAUUUGGUUGGGUGCGUGAGGGUAAUACGUUUCAAGUGCGCGUAUGGCUUGAUGAUACCGAACACGAUCUCAAUAUUGGCGACGAUCACGCAUUUUCACUGCUUCACUGGGCAUCCAAAGAAGGACAUGUUGCAAUUGCUGAGUUGCUACUUUCUCGAGGGGCACGUGUAAACGCGACAAAUAUGGGUGAUGAUACAAGUUUACAUCUAGCUGCAGCUCACGGAAAUCGUGAAAUUGUUGUGAAAUUACUUAAUCGGAAAGCAGAUGUGAACGUUGCAAAUGAACACGGAAUGACGCCUCUUCAUUACUCGUGCUUUUGGGGUUACGUGCAGAUCUGCGAAGAUCUUAUCCGAAGUGGUGCUCUGAUAGGAACUUGCAAUAAAAAAGGACAAACACCACUUGAUAUCUGUCAGCCACAAGCUCGUAAUGCGGUUGUAGAAAUUGCUCGAGAACAUGGACAAAAUAUCAAUGAAAGAACCCCAUUCAAAGAUCAAACAUGGAAAGGUACAAAAACGCGCACUAGAGAUGCAACACUUUCAAGGUACACAGGUGUUGAUAUGGCAUCUUUAAGUCUAUCGAUGAAAAUAGCCGAAUCUCAUAGUGGUGAACUGUGGCGUGGCAAGUGGCAAGGAAAUGAUAUCGUGGCUCGAAUUUUAGCAGUACCUGAAGUAACUCCACGUAUCAGUCGUGACUUUCAAGCUGAAUUCCCUUCGUUAAGAAUCUUUGCUCAUUCAAAUAUAUGUCCUGUGUUGGCAUGCUGUAAUCAACCACCAAAUCUUAUUGUUAUCAGUCAACUGAUGUCAUUUGGUUCACUUUAUAAUGUUUUACAUGAACAGACAGCGGUUGUAAUCGAUCAGGCGCAAGCGACAAAAUUUGCUUUGGAUAUAGCACGUGGCAUGUCAUUUCUUCAUUCAUUGGAUCCAUUAAUUUUGAGGUAUUAUCUGAGUUCGAAACAUGUUGUGGUUGACGAAGAUCUAUCAGCAAAAAUUUCAAUGGCCGAUACAAAAUUCAGCUUUCAGGAAGUAGGCAGGCUAUAUUCUCCGGCAUGGAUGUCCCCGGAAGCACUUAAAUAUUCACCAUCAGAUUUAAAUAUUCGAGCAGCUGAUAUGUGGAGUUUUGGUGUUUUAUUGUGGGAAUUGAAUACCCGAGAAGUGCCAUUCUCAGACCUUUCGCCAAUGGAAAUUGGAAUAAAGAUUGCACUGGAAGGAUUACGUGUCCCAUUUCCUCCUGGAAUAUCACGAAAUAUGGGGCGUUUGAUGAACAUUUGUUUAAAUGAAGAUCCUGGUCGACGACCAAAUUUCGACCAAAUAAUACCAAUAUUAGAAAAAAUGGCUCAAUCAUAA